AUGAGCCUGUGGGAACUUGAAGACCGCCGCAGCUGCCAGGGGACCCCCAGGCUGGCCCAGGAGCCCACGGCCGAGGAGGCAACGACUGCAGAACUGCAGAUGAAGGUUGACUUCUUCCGGAAGCUGGGCUACUCAUCUGCAGAGAUCCAUAGUGUCCUGCAGAAGCUGGGCGUCCAGGCAGACACCAACACAGUGCUGGGGGAGCUGGUGAAACAUGGGUCAGUGGCCGAGCGGGAGCGCCAGGCGUCGCCAGACCCCUGCCCUCAGCUGCCUCUGGUCCCCCGAGGCGGGGGCACCCCCAAGACUUCCACCGUGGAGACUUCUCCAUCCGAGGAAGACAAGGAGGGCAGUGACCUGAGACCCGUGGUCAUCGAUGGGAGCAACGUGGCCAUGAGCCAUGGGAACAAGGAGGUCUUCUCCUGCCGGGGGAUCCUCCUGGCGGUGAACUGGUUCCUGGAGCGGGGCCACACAGACAUCACCGUGUUCGUACCGUCCUGGAGGAAGGAGCAGCCUCGGGCAGAUGUGCCCAUCACUGACCAGCACAUCCUGCGGGACCUGGAGAAGAAGAAGAUCUUGGUGUUCACGCCAUCGCGGCGGGUGGGCGGCAAGCGGGUGGUCUGCUACGACGACCGCUUCAUCGUGAAGCUGGCCUUUGAGUCGGACGGCAUCGUGGUCUCCAACGACACGUACCGGGACCUGCAGGGCGAGCGGCAGGAGUGGAAGCGCUUCAUCGAGGAGCGGCUGCUCAUGUACUCCUUCGUCAAUGACAAGUUCAUGCCCCCCGAUGACCCCUUGGGCCGUCACGGGCCGAGCCUGGACAACUUCCUGCGUAAGAAGCCACUCACGGCGGAGCACCGGAAGCAGCCGUGUCCCUAUGGAAGGAAAUGCACCUAUGGGAUCAAGUGCCGAUUCUUCCACCCCGAGCGGCCAAGCCGGCCCCAGCGCUCCGUGGCCGACGAGCUCCGCGCCAACGCCCUGCUGCCACCCUCCAGGGCCGCGAGCAAAGACAAAAGCAGCCGGCGGCCUUCACCCUCCUCUCAGCCCGGCUCUCUGCCAACAGAGCAGGAACAGUGCAGCCCGGACGGGAAGAAGCUGGGGGCCCAGGCCUCCCCAGGAGCCCCCCGGGAGGGCCUGAUGCAGACCUUCACCCCGACAGGCAGGAGCCUCCCACCUGGUGGGAGCAGUGGCGGCAGCUUUGGGCCCUCGGACUGGUUCUCGCAGACCCCGGACUCGCUUCCCUACAUCUCCCAGGACUGCCUGGACUCGGGCAUCGGCUCCCUGGAGAGCCAGAUGUCAGAACUCUGGGGGGUUCGAGGAGGGGGCCCUGGUGAGCCGGGCCCGCCUCGGGGCCCUUAUGCCGGCUACCGCACCUAUGGGGCAGAGCUCCCCGCCACCCCAGCCUUCUCGGCCUUCAGCCGGGGCCUGGGUGCCGGCCACUUCAGCGUCCCCGCUGACUACGCGCCCCCGCCGGCCGCCUUUCCACCUCGGGAAUACUGGUCUGAGCCGUACCAGCUGCCCCCACCCACCCCAGGCCUGCAGGAGCCCCGGGCGCCGGGCCCAGGGGCUGAUAGGGGCCCCUGGGGCGGGGCAGGCAGGCUGGCGAAGGAGCGAGCCAGCGUGUACACUAAGCUGUGUGGAGUCUUCCCCCCACACCUGGUGGAGGCCGUGAUGGCGCGCUUCCCGCAGCUCCUGGACCCCCAGCAGCUGGCUGCCGAGAUCCUCUCCUACAAGUCCCAGCACCUCAGUGAAUAA